CCCCCAACACCAUCAUCAUCUUUGUCCCCCUUCCCUCCCCAAUAUUCCUCUUCUAAGUCUUCUUCUUCUCUCUCUCUGUACGAAGCUACAGAGCAACACCAGAACAAAAGCUUUCUCCACUUUCUCUCCCAUUUCGUCAAAUUGUCCUUUCAUCUCUCUCUCUCUCUCUCUCUCUGUCGCACGCACUAUGAGAUCACAAGAACUCGCUCUCCAGAGAAGCACCACCAGCAGCGGCAGCUACAGAAGCGCCAGAAGAAUCACUCCUUCCUCGAGCUUCCCUCGACCAUGCACCCCGUCAUCGCCGACACCGCCGCCUUCUCGAUCCCACCAUGAAGAUAUGGCCGCCUCUGCCCCCUCCGACAACAAGCUCCUCCUCCGCAAAUCCUCCUCCAGGUCAUCGGCAGCAACAACCCAUCAUCGCUACAUUAAAAUCUCCUCCCUCCUCCGCUCCUUCCUCAGCCUCAUCUCCUCCUUCCAGCUCCAAAGCCUCAUCCCCGCCCCUGCCGCCGCCUGCCGCUUCCUCUCCCUCCCCCGCCAUCUCUCCCUCUCCUCCUCCUCCUCCUCUUCCACCUCCCUCGGCCGCAAAGUCACUGGCACCCUCUUCGGCCAGCGACGCGGCCACGUGUCCUUUGCGGUCCAGGACGGCCCCCAGUCCGACCCCGUCCUCCUCCUCGAGCUCGCCAUCUCCACCUCCGCCCUCGUCAAGGAGAUGUCCUCUGGUCUUGUCCGCAUCGCCCUCGAGUGCGAGAAGACCGCCUCCACGGCCGCCGACCGCCCGCCGAGGUUGUUCCAGGAACCAGCCUGGACCAUGUACUGCAACGGGCGCAAGUGCGGGUACGCCGCGUCCCGCACGUGCACGGAGUCCGACCUGCACGUGCUGAGGACGGUGCGGACCAUGUCGGUCGGGGCCGGCGUGAUCCCAGUGCUGGCGGACGACGGCCAGAAGGCCAGCGGCGGCGGGGACGGGGAACUGCUGUACAUGAGGGCCAGGUUCGAGCGCGUUGUCGGGAGCCGCGACUCGGAGGCGUUCUACAUGUUGAACCCGGACGGCAACGGGGGACCCGAGCUCAGCAUCUUCCUAUUGAGACUAUGAAAGAGACAAGAGAGAGAAAGCGACGUGAAGUGAACUCAGUCUCCAAUCUCUCCGGUAAAGAGGGCUAAUGGAAUGAUCAAAGCCGCCGUCAGCUGUCCGCCGAGCUGAAGUUCUCAUCGUCAAUUAGUCAUUUUUCAAAGUGGUGGUGUGGGAAGAAGAAGAAA